AGCUUUUUUAUACAUUUAUACGUACAUUCUCGUCAGUGUCCUGCGAGAAUAGAAGUCAACCGGGAGCCUAGAAGUCGUGGUUUGUGGUCGGAAAAAAGUAGUGCAUAUAGAAAGCGAUCGUAGAAGACCUUAUAGAAUUGAAAAAUUGCAAGUGAACGAGAAAAUAAUAAUUCUAAUAGCGCAACGACUAGCGUGACCCGAACAAAGGCAUCAUGUCGCUGGACAAUCGGAACACUUCGGCUCAGUUCAAGCGAGCCGAACAGUUGAAGCGAUGGGAAGAAUCGGAAAUUAACAAAAAAGCCAGCGGCAUCCCGAAAAGUCCAUCUUCGCGGCGCAUCAAGUUUUCGUCUGGCUGCAUCUUUCUGGCGGCGUGCGUUGCCGGUGACAAGGACGAGGUGGAAUGGUUGCUCAAAAAUGGGGCCGAUAUUGACACGGCCAAUGUUGACGGUUUGACUGCGCUGCACCAGGCCUGCAUUGACGACAAUCUCGACAUGGUGGAGUUUCUCAUACAAAAAGGUGCCGACGUGAACCGGAAGGAUAACGAAGGCUGGACACCGUUGCACGCAACAGCUUCAUGCGGAUUCCUUAGCAUAGCACGGUACUUGAUCGAGAACGGUGCGGAUCUGGCCGCCAUCAACAGCGAUGGCGAACUGGCGGUCGAUCUGGCUAACUCGGACGCGAUGGAAGAUAUGAUACAGCAUCAUAAUGAAGAACAGGGCAUUGAUUGUGAGGAGGCGCGUCAAGCGGAGGAACGCAUCAUGCUGAACGAUGCAACCCGGUGGCUGCGCACCGAUAGCAGCGAUUGUGAUAAGGUGCACCCGAAAACGGGUGCCACAGCGAUUCAUGUUGCGGCCGCCAAGGGCUACAAUCACGUGUUAAAGCUUUUGUUGGAAGGACGGGGCGAUUUUGAUCGACAGGAUGUGGACGGGUGGACACCGCUUCAUGCAGCCGCCUACUGGGGCCAAAAGGAGGCCACACAGAUGCUACUAGAUCAGAAUGCCGAUGUCGACAUCCAGAACUUCAGCGGCCAGCUGGCUAUCGACAUUGCGCAGGAUGAUAUUGUGCCGCUGCUGAAGGAUGCGCGUAAGAACGCGAAGCGUACCAAGCGUAGACCACCUAGUCGGUGUAGAAUUACGGACAAUUUUGAAAAUAUCACGGAAACACCAACGAAGGUGAUUCGAGUCGAGGUGAAACCGAGCCGAGGUGACGAGAAGGAAGAGCAAAUCACGUCCGAUGCAGAAGAGGUGGUGGAAGAAGGCCAGGAGGAAUGUGAUGCGAAACAGGAGGAGAUGGAUGGCGUAGAGGAGGAGGAAGAGGAACAUGAGGGUGAAGAGGAAGAAGAGAAGGAAGAGAGGCCGAUUGCAGUGGAGGAACCACUAGGAAUGGAUGUUCCGGAAAUGGUGAUAGUAUCGAGGACUAAACAAAAGGAUCCCGAACAUUUUCUUUGCGUUCGCUACGCAAUGAUCAAGCAAACAGAAGAGGAGCAUGAAUCGGAAAGCGACGAAGAGGAGCAGCAGCAAGACGAUGCAAGCGUUUCAUCGGAACCAUACUCAUCCUCCAAUCCGUCGGCCGACAGUAGUUUAACAGAAUCUGAAACAGAAGUGUCGGAAAAAGAAAAUCAACCAACUGAACCAGAUGUAAUACUGCGAAGGACGCAGAGCUUCGAAAAUGACGAAAAAUUCUACCAGAAAUACGCCGAGCUGCGGGCACGGAUACAGGCUAACGCAUGUACUCACGCACUUUUACCGCCAUCAACGAUUAUCAGCAACACUAAAACAAGCACCGGCUCGAACAACAACAAUAACAACUCGGCUACUACAACGACAACACCAGCAUCGAACAAUACGUCGUAUCUUGUGCAGCGGUCAGCUUCGUUGAAGGACUAUCGUACGUUAAGAAAAACCACAAGCAAUUUGGUACUUGGCAGCACAACGGUGACACCAGCCGCUACAAUUGCUUCACCGGCCACACCGUCGGUUGCUGUCGCUCCCACGGUGCCAUCGACCGCUAGCAACACUAGCACUAACGUGUCGUCGCCAACAAGUCCUUCGGGGACUUCGACCACAACACCGACUUCUGGACAGAUCAGAAGAUCAUUUGUACCACCGACUCGAGACGAAGAGAGCGAAACCCAACGAAAAGCACAUGCGAAACGGGUACGCGAGACACGCCGUUCCACGCAAGGCGUUACGCUCGACGAGAUCAAGAGCGCCGAGCAACUGGUGAAGAAAAAGAACAACGUGGUCGGUACAGAGAGCGACACAACUGCAUCCGCUAGCAACGCCGUCACGAUACCAUCAUCAUCAACAUCAUCAUCACCCUCAUCUCUAUCAUGCUCUGCUUCAUCGUCAUCAACAACGACAACAACAACAACAGACUCCUCCCCGUUGAAUUCUUGCUACAACGAUCGAGUUCCUGCGGUGACGGAUGUGGACGUUAAAGACACCAAUCAGGUCGUUGUUUCGGCCAGCUUCACAAUACCGGCACCAGGAAUAACGGUGGAUAGCGAUGAAAGGGGCAGAGGACCGCGUCGAAACGAUGGGCCAAAUCAGGGGAAAGAGGACGACAAACGCGAGGACGUGACGGUGUCGUACACGAUCAGUGCUCCUUCGGUCGUCGGUGGGUCCGCAUCCGUCCUACCUGUUGUUCCUCGGACCAGGCACUCGGAUGGCAAGGAUCCCAACAGUGCGGAUCGUCUGCCUGCAUCGGUUGAUGCUUCCAAUGUAUCUGCAACGUUUCACGUGCCGACUGUUGCUUGCGAGUUAUCGCCUACCGAAAGAGCUUCCGCAUCGGCAACCGUUCGAACGUCACCCGGGGGCGGCAGUGCCGGUGAUGUGAGUAGUAGCAAUAAUAGUAUAACUACCACCAGUUCGUCUUUUAAUUCCAACAACAACACCACCGCCACAAACAUACCCGUUGGAAAUGCGAGCAUUACCACCAGUGCUACCACCUACACGAAACGAUCACUGUUCGAUAUCGAUAAUGCCAACUCACUAACAUUAGCUGAAAAAUUGCGUCACGAGGCGAACAAAUACGCGAUCGCAGCGGCAGACGCCGAUAGCGAAACGCUGGCGACGGUGGAUGCGGCGGGUCAUUCGGCGGGCGGGCGGAUGCCCCAUAGGCCGUCCUCGGUCACUAAUAAUACGAACGAAAACACCACGGUGGGGGACGGUGACAACGGUAAUACCAACGCACCUACAGACAAUAGUGCGGCAUCCGCAGCGCCACCGCAUGUUGUUCCGUUGUCACCGUCACUGAGGAAGGAGGGGGUGAACACUGUCCCCGUGACGACAACGACGACAGCCGGUAGCGGCGGAGGUAAUGCAGCGACCGAACGGAGACCGUCGUGGCGGUUGAAAGUGGACAAUGGGAGCAAGUUCAAACUUGAAGAUGUGUCCACAACGACUGUCGCACAACAACCAACGUUGCAAUCAACCGUCAGUGAUAGUUCAGCGCAUGAAUCCUCUUUCACCAGCCAGGCAGGAGCAGAGCACGGUUCGGUCACUACUAGGCUUACGUCGACGUCAGGCUUGUCUCAACGAGGGCAGCAACAGUACAAUGGCGAUAGUUCUGGAAAUGCUAAAACACGGCCAUCAUCAGCCACUGGUUCAAAGACGUCGUCGUCUGGCACCGUUUCUUCUGGUGAACAGUACAAUCGUGUGGCGAGCACAACGGAAUCCGUCGGCGCAACUGACACUAGUCUACUCCAUUUGCGAAGACCACCACGAUCUGCAGGUGGAACGUCCUCCACGGGUGUCAACGCCGAGGAAAACAAGGAAAACGAUAAGGAAAAUGAUAGCCGUACGGCACAGGCUACGCAAGCCGUUAUCCAGCGGCGUAGGCGACAGAAACGUCGCUCGACCGGUGUUGUCCCGGUUGGUAUGGAGGAUCUCGACCCAGACAGACAGGACUCUCCGGUCGAUGGUGACGAAAAAGAGUGCAAAACGUAUCAAAUUAUUUGCAAAAUGUCAUUCCGCUCGCGAUCUCGCACCGUGCAACCGAUCGCAACACGCCGUGCUUCGUCACUGACACGUACAUUACCUUCGGCUGUUAAUGGUACUGCCGGUUCGGGAUAUGCUGGUGCUGGACGUUCCUACGCGACUUCUGGUAUGGUGAGCAGCUCAUAUGGAACUGCCACCAGCCCGUUGGCCACCAGUUACAGUUCGCAUCCGUACGGCACCGCUUCGAUCAGCAGUCCUUCCGGCCGUUCGCUUCUCAGCGGUACCAAUGGUGCAAGUAGUAGUGGCGCAGGUGCAAGUGGACAUUACUUCGAUUACUCGAACCUCUCGUCGCGUCGUGACUCGUACGGUGGAAGCAGUAGCAGCCUGGCGUAUAAAUCCCCAUACAAGGAAAAGGAUCGAUACGGCAGCGGUUCCGGUAAGGUUGGCACCUCAACACUGGGUUACAAAGACCGCUACAACAGCCCAUACACGACCAGCUAUGAUAACGGUAUCACGACGGCAAGCCUUAGCUUCGGAGGGCUGAAACGACACCAUCAUUUGUCCAGCAAUGGACUUUCAGGAUCAAACACAAGCCUCAACAGCUACACACCAGCUACAUCUUCGUACUUUGGCAGCGGUUUGCAUCACAAUACGACUAACAAUGGCGUUGGUCGAAGCCAAUCUCUCCGUGAUCACGAGCGACGCAGUCGCAGCAGAACCCGAGCCUCGCAGGCUGCAAGUAGUGCGGCACUCACAAACUAUCCAUCGAACAAUUCACUGUCCCGAUCGUACAGCACUUCCUCCGUGCAGAGUGAAGGCUAUGAAACCGGCUCGGAACGCGGUCGUUCACGUGUUGGUUCGACAGUAUCAGAAGCGGACACCGCCAGUGGUAGCAAGCAGCAGCAGCAGCAGAACUCGUCCCGAGAAAAUGGUGGUGAUUUCAUCGACUACAAAGCUCUCUACGAACAGGAGAAAGCCGAGAAGGAAAAACUUAAAAUGUCCCUUCGUAAGAAGGAUGAAGAGGUGGUAACGCUUAAAGCAGCCCUCGAUCGAUUUACUACAGCGACCACCAAAAAUAAUUCGCUAUCCGAGUUGGAGAAACGAGAACGACGCGCCAUGGAGCGAAAAAUGUCGGAAAUGGAAGAAGAACUGAAGCAAUUGGAAGCCCUUAAAACGGAAAACCAGCGUCUCAAGGACGAAAACGGCGCUCUGAUUCGAGUGAUCAGCAAAUUGAGCCGAUAAUAAUCGCUUGGGCAAAAGACCAGUACUUUUGUCGCACCCUCCAACAUUAUUCCAGUGUCAGAGUCACUUGAGCAGUGCCGUCAGCGUAUUAGAAGCUCUUCUUUCAAAUUGCUAGUGUUUUUGAAAUCAUUAUCAGCCGUUAACGGUACUGAAGACAAGCGAACGAUGCCACAGAAAGCCACCAAGGAUCUGAUGCAGUGCCGCAUGCAGAUCUUUUCUACAACUUCCUUGAAAGGUUUGCAGAGAAAUACGUUGCUGUGUGGCUGCUGAUCACACACUCGUGGCCGGUAGUGUACAGAAAAUAUGUAACGUUCUUCCGUGAUACGUGUUACAACCAGACGUCAUCAAACAUAAGUUCGAGUGGCCCACCAGACGAAAAUAUUUAUGUCCUCUAAAAGCUGUAAUUUUUGCCUUAGGUAAUGUUUAGCUCAUAAGUGAGGCUAGAGCUAGGCUAAAAUAUAUGAAGAACAGAUUUCAUGCCUUGUAACAACAACGUAAGCCGCACCGAGACUUAGACAAUGAUGUUUCGUAUCGUCAAGAGUCACUGGGGUUUAGAAAGAAAACCAGAAUGCGGUCUAAACACAAUCGAACAAAACAGAUCCCAGUUUAUUGACAAAAACGUAUUAAUGUGUGUGUAUCGCUAUUGUGUAUUUCAUCGUCCUCGGUCAGCAUAUUCAUAUUUUUGGGUAUUUUAUUGAUCAUUCAUUGUCCUAAAUAAAAUAAUUCACCAAAAACAUUGGUAAUUUUCUUGUGUUCUGUUAAUAAUGUUAUUUCUCUAUUUAAAAAAUGAAAUUUAACCUGAAAAGUUUACGUGGGCACAGCUCAUUUAAGCAGCCACCUAUUGCUGACUAAAGAUUUGAUUUUUUUUGUUAAAGGCAACCCUUAGAGGCAUUUUCUAUCGAAUAUGGUUGGAAUUUAACACGUCACAAUAAUAUAUCCGCUGGGAAUUGCGAAAUCACUGGAAUGGCAUUAGAUAAGUAAAACAUCUGGACGUAGUGUGUGCGCACACACUGUAAGCACGUAUUUGUUUGUUUCUUCGUAAUUAACCUAAAACAACGCUGCAUUAGAAUUUGCUGCACUCUUGCUGAUCCUGUUUUGAACCGAUCAAGAAUUGGUUACAGAAAUCAAGAAGGCUCACCGAAAACACAGCAAUAUUCCAGAAUGUUUCCGGGAUUUCUUUCUACUUUUGUUAUUAUUGUUAAUGUUUGUUUGUAUAAAAAGUAAAAAAAAAGAAGUUUAGAUAAUUGGUGAUUGUAAUGAAAAACAAACAAGAUAUUGCAGGUUAGAAACAAUUGACAGAAGCCCAACUUUAAUGGUAGAUAGACAUAAUCAAACAUCGCAAGAAGACAGAGAAAUACAGAAAAAGAGCCAACAAGAUAUAGUUUGAUCGAAUAAAUGUUAAUACAAUAAAAAAAACAAUACAGGCAAUUGAAAAGUUUAUAUUUAUAGAACCAUAAGUGCAUCACGAGUAUGUGAAAAUGGUUACAGUUCACCAUGGACAACAGAGAAAGAUACAUAUGAUCGAAAAUUAGCACAUCAACUCGCCGACCACGAACGCAGUCAUCCUAACCGAUAACACAAGGCCAAAAGAAUUUAUAAGGCCAUUGCGAGAGAAAAGCAUAAACAACAAACGAAACACGUAUUCACUAAUCAAAAAGAAUCAAACAAACCUAUAACUACGAUACAAAAAGCAAACAAGCACAUGAAAUCCGACUUGAAACAGGCAAACUUUGAAGAAAGAAGAAAUUGUGAUUGAUGAAUGGGCUAGACGGAAAUAAACUGAAACUGAAAACAUUUAGUUUUCAACA